GCUGCUUUUCUUGAGCUGUAAAUGUAUGCCGGCUUUCGUGACUGACUCUGCUACACUUGGCAGUAUCCAACCCCUUUUAACCACCACCUCCUCCUCCUCCUCCUCCUGUCCUCCCCUUUCUCAGUAACCUAGUGUGUUCCUCAAUGCAAGUUCAGCCCCCAUGCCUACUUGCUGGUGCACCUCUCCCCCUCUUACUGGGAGACACAGGUUUCUCCGGAGGUGGAGGGGACUCGUUUAGGAGUGGAAGACAGCAUUGUUGGAACUAAAAGGAGGAAAGAAGGAAGGAAUCAUUUAGCUUUCUUUCAGAGCUCAAAAUAAUUCAUUUGUGGCAGCUAUGGCUGGAUUCUCAGCUCUUGGAAUACUUUUUCUUUUUCAACUUUUGGCCUCAUCCUCAGCUCAGAGACCAGGACCACGAGGCCCUCCUGGACCGCGAGGCCCCCCAGGAUCGUCUGGCAAGGAUGGCAUAGAUGGAGAACCUGGUCCACCCGGCUUACCUGGUCCACCAGGACCUAAAGGGGCACUGGGGAAACCAGGGAAGGCAGGAGAUGCAGGUUUACCUGGCCUUCCAGGAGUGGAUGGUUUGACAGGAAUUGAUGGCCCCCCUGGGCCAAAUGGGCCACCAGGAGACAGAGGUGCCAUAGGUCCCUCAGGGCCCGCUGGACCCGCAGGGAAAGGACUUCCAGGACCUCCAGGACCUCCAGGACCCAGCGGGCUACCAGGUGGAAAUGGGUUUCAAGGGCCACCCGGACCAUCUGGACUUCCCGGGUUUACUGGGCCGCCAGGACCUCCAGGACCACCAGGUAUUCCAGGAGUUCUUCCUGAUGGCAAUGGUGACCUUCAGUGUCCAGCCCUCUGUCCGCCUGGCCCUCCGGGUCCACCAGGAAUACCAGGAUUCAAGGGUCAUACAGGUCACAAAGGUGAACCCGGAGAAGUAGGCAAGGAUGGUGAGAAGGGUGCACCAGGCCCACCAGGUCCCGCAGGGCCUAUGGGAAGUGUUGGCAUGCAGGGACCACGAGGGUUAAGAGGCCUCAUCGGGCCAGUUGGCCCCAUUGGAGACAGGGGAUCCAUAGGUUUCCGAGGACCACCUGGACUUCCAGGACCUCCUGGAAAAGCGGGACCUCGUGGAGACAGAGGGCCUCAAGGUUUCAGAGGGCCCAAAGGUGAUACAGGUAUACCUGGACCAAGGGGGACUCUGGGCACUGCUGGACCCUUAGGAGAACCGGGAAUGCCUGGAAAAGAUGGGAGAGAUGGAACACCUGGACUCGAUGGUGAGAAGGGUGAUGCAGCUCGUUUUGGUGUUCCGGGAGAAAAGGGGCCAAAUGGACUUCCCGGACUACCUGGAAGAGCUGGAACUAAAGGUGAAAAGGGUCAGCUAGGCAGUUCCGGAGAGAUGGGAGAGUCUGGUCCUUCGGGAGAGCCAGGCAUACCUGGAGAUCGCGGCAUCCCUGGGGAGAGAGGCGAAUCUGGUCCAAGGGGAUCUUCUGGAGCGCUUGGCUUACAAGGCCCGAUGGGAGCACCAGGCGUCAGAGGUUUCCAGGGUCGUAAAGGUGCAAGUGGAGAGCCCGGCCUACCAGGUCCCACUGGAGUCCGUGGUGGGUCUGGUGAGAGGGGUCCUGGUGGAGUUUCUGGUCCCAAAGGUAACCAGGGCAUUGCAGGAGCAGAUGGGCUACCGGGAGACAAAGGAGAAUUGGGUCCUUUCGGUCCUCCUGGACAAAAGGGGGAGGCAGGAAGUAGAGGUGAGCUGGGCCCAAAAGGCGUCCAAGGCCCCAAUGGGACAACUGGUGUUCCAGGAAUUCCAGGACAUCCAGGCAAGUUGGGAUUACAAGGAAUACAAGGAGUCCCUGGGAUCACUGGGAAACCUGGUCCUCCAGGGAAAGAAGCUAGUGAGCAGCAUAUAAGAGAACUCUGUGGUGGGAUGAUCAGUGAGCAAAUUGCACAGUUAGCUGCUAACUUGAGAAAGCCCUUGGCGCCUGGGCUAUCGGGUCGGCCUGGUCCUGCAGGGCCCCCAGGGCCCCCUGGAGCAAUGGGAAGUGUGGGGCAUCCUGGUGCUCGUGGACCACCUGGAUACAGAGGACCAACAGGGGAGCUGGGAGAUCCUGGCCCUAGAGGUGACCCUGGUGAAAGAGGAGACAAAGGUGCCAUUGGCAAAGGUGUUGAUGGACCGGACGGGGAUCAAGGACCGCAAGGACCACCAGGUGUUCCCGGCACUAGAAAAGAUGGCCAGGAUGGUUCUCCCGGUGAACCCGGAUUACCAGGUGAUCCUGGAAGACCAGGUGCAGUAGGGGUUCAGGGAACUCCAGGAGUCUGUGAUACCUCAGCCUGCAUGGGAGCUGUUGUUGGAGGAAAAUCCAAAAAGUCAUAAAACUGCAUUGAAAUGGGAACUGAGUAUUUAAAUGAAUUGUGUUUAUACAUGAAGACAGAAAUAUUCUCCUAGUGAAAAAUGGAGAGGCAGUUCUCCUGUAAAAGUGAAUAAAAUGGAGACUUUGACACUAUAAAUUUAGUUCUCUGAAACAGAAAAGCAUGAGAUGGAAACUUACACAAGGUGCCUCUAUCCCCUAUAACUAUUUUCCAGUUCUCACAAUGAUCUUGCUUGCUCUUUACCCCACUGAAGAGUCACCCCUUUACACCUGAAAAAUGAAGUGCUGUUCCUUUUAACAUCAUUGCCCUAACUGGGCUAUGUUUAUGGCAAUAUUUGUGAUGACUUGAUCCUACACUAGCUGAUGUCGAUAGUAAACUCUGUUUUUCUUCUGGGCUUUAAACCGUACAUGAGUGCAGCUGUCAGGAUUGCAUGUACUUCACCCUGCUGAAAUAAUCAGUAAUGGUUCUGAAUCUGAUUACUGACCAGGGUUAUGCACACACAGCCUCAGCAGCUUGAUGUAAUUGAGAUAGGUAUCUGCACAUGCAUGCCCCUAGCUGCAUCAAAGCAAGGGAAUAUAGAAGUGGACUACGUAAAGAUCAUGCCAACAGAAUUGUUGACUGCCCCAAAUGUUUCUACGAUGUGCACAAUCCAAAAGCCCUUUUAGAUGCAUUCACAAGGGUUUUCCAAGGCAUUAGUUCUAGCAGCAGCUGCUCAUGCUGUGUGAAAAGCCUUCUGAACUUCCCCCGAGUUUCAGGAGUGGCUUGUAUCAGCAGCACAGGGAGCUGCUGCUUCUGGAAAGGGUGGUGGCAGGAAGCCUUGUGCAUGUGGAUCAUUCUGCAUGACCUUAUCACUCAGACUAGAAAAUCCUCGUUGUUUCCAGCUCUACAAGAGGUAGUGGCUGAUAUGAUGCUCUAUCUGCCACCUCUGGAAUGCUGCAGAUUUGAAAGGCAGCCUUGAUGCUGUUUUGAAGCAGUGAUUGCAGAAGCUAUAUUUCCACAGGUUUCUCUGUUGUUGCAAAUGGGGAAACUUCCUAAUCACUGCUUCAAAACAGUGUUGAGGCUGCCUUUCAAGUCCACAGCAGCCCUGGGGCGGAUCUGUACUGAGGUAGUAGACUGCGCAUCAUGUCAACCAAAUAUGUAUAUAUCUAUUUCACAAACUAUUGUUUUGGACUUUUCCUUUUUAUAAUAAUGGAUAUUUAGUCAUUUUACACCCCAAACAGUAUUUUUGAAAGACCUGUACAUUACAGGAGCAAUCACUAUAUCACAAUUACUAUAUGCAUCACUGUAAAAAUAAAAGUGUGAAACAUUUUAUUUUGUAUCAUUGUACCUGCCGGUUCUAAUAGGUUUGUUUUGCUAAUACUUUCCCCGCUGCUGAUUGGAAAUAAAGGUGCUGCACAAGAGUGAAUAUCCGUGAUUUAAACAGUAUUUAUUUUUUGAUGAGUUCUGUACAAGAAAUACCUACUAGCAUCAUCUGUUUUGAUAAAGCCACUUUCAAUUCAAUAAAUAUAGUAUUUUUCAAAUACUUCAGCUUUCUCAACAAAUACAGCUAAUAUUAGUCUAAAAAAAUAAAAUAUGUGCACUUAGAAUCAUGUACUGUUUACAAAAUACCACUUUUGCACUAAAAGUAUUACAGAUGCAAUCAACUGGGAUUUUUCCCCGAUGAAAGCCUCCCUCAAGUGAAUGGGAGUUGCACCAGAACACACAGUUGUACCUCUCCCAUUCAUUUCUAUGGGUUUUUAUGUAGGAAAUAUUCCUUUAUUGUUGGAGUGUGCAAAACUCAUUUUAAAUAGUACUAUAUUUAUAAAACAUGACCAUGACUGACAUGCUGCAUAGUACUUACAGAUACAGAAGACAUCAGUGCCACUGCUGCUUGAAAACCCCGAAGCAGCAGGGCUGAUGAGAGAACCAGAGGUACUGCUAUUGGCGUUACUGAAGUUUUUCCCAUCUGCAAGAAUGGCCGUAAUGCCUGUAGCACUACUGCUGGUUCUCUGAGGCCCCAACAGCUCUGGGUCUUCAUUGGUGGCUGUGCCAGUAUCUUCCACACCUAUAGGUACUGUACAUAAUGCCAGCCGGUGUCAACUGAUAUAUAUGUAUCUUAGUUUCACAGGGAUGAAUAUUUGGAAUCGGAAGCAAUGAGUUGCUAUAUACAAAUUACCAUCUCUUGCCAUUUAUGAACUAUUUAAAUUUUCUUCUUCCAUUAGCAAACUGGUGGUUGUGACAUUCUAAUAAUUAUUUACAUUAAUACAAAUGUGUUCAAGACUGAAAAGCUAUUGUCCUAUAACACAUCUGAAUUAUUUUAUAUUUGGGAAACAAAACCAAAAAUAGAGGGGGGAGAGUAGCAUUGACUAGUUGUAAUAUUGUUUUCUCAUUGCCUUUGGUGCAAUACCUGUCAUAGGGCAGCACUGAUCAAUAAAUGUUGUCAGUUUUCUUUU